AUGGAUGAAAUUAACUCUAAUGUCAACAAAAAGAUACCUACUAUUGGUAUCUUUGUUGAUCUAAAAAAUGCCUUUGAUACGGUUAACCAUGUCGAGCUUCUGAAAGUUAUGGAAAGAUUGGGAUUUAUUGGAGCACAGUUUGAUGCUUCCAGAACAACCGCCCAUCCGGUUAUGAUGGAUGGCCGAGUUCUGCCAAAAAGUCUCCAGAUCACCGAGAACUUGAUCUGUGCGGCAACUGCUGGGAAAAAGCUAGGGUAUUUGUUUAGGGCUAAGAAGCACUUUUCUCCACAUGACCUUCUCACUCUAUACAAGGCGAAGAUAAGGACGACUAAAGAUACGGGCCUUAGCGAUGAUUCCAGGGUGGGUGCACCAAAAACGGCAGUCACCCAGGAAAACGUCGAUACUGUGCGCAAACUCAUCAUUGAAGAUAGACAUCUGACAUAUUGCGAGAUUGAGGCGUCUUUGAAGAUCUCAAAGACCUCAAUGCAAAAAGUUUUACAUGAAGAAUUAGGACAGAAAGCAGCCAGGGUUAAUUGGUGUCAAAAAACGCUUGAUCGUUUCAGUUCCGGAAACUCAAAAAAUGUAUACAGCAUUGUUAGUGGAGAUGAAUCGUGGAUUUACUGUUAUGAACCAGAAAAUAAACGACAGUCGGCUGUUUGGCCAACAAAAGUCAGUUCUCAAAGUGUUUCGAAAAAGAUGGUCGCAACAUUUGUUUCAAAAGCGGGUCAUAUUGCAACAAUUCCUCUUUAUGAGCAAAGAACUGUUACUGCGGAUUGGUAUACCACCAUUUGUUCGCCAAAAGUCAUCACCGAGCUUCGAAAAAUCAACCCCGAAAGAAGAAUCGUCCUCCACCAAGACAAUGCAAGCUCGCACACUGCCCAAAAAACAAGGCAGUAUUUAACGGAAGAAAACGUGGAAUUAUUGGACCAUCCUCCAUAUAAAUCCGGUCUAAGUCCUAACGAUUUCUUUACUUUCUCGAAAAUUAAAAACAGACUGCGUGGUGAAAGGUUCCAGUCACCAGAAGAAGUAGUUGACGCAUUCGAAAAUGCUGUUUUGGAUCUGCCAGCAAACAAGUGGAAUAAGUGCUUCGAAAAUUGGUUCCAGCGCAUGCAGAUGUUCAUUUAA